CCGGGCCGGGCCAGGCGCUCCUGGGGGGACCGGGGCGGGCAGUCCCGCAGCCGGGAAGGGCCGUCCCGUCAUUCCGUGCAGCGCUGUGGGUGAGGAGCGGGAUUUGUGCGUCGGUGUGCCGGUAUGGAAGAGUUCAUGCUGACUGGUUAGCAUAAUUACAGAGGCUAAAUAGGCAUGGAAGAGACUAUAGUGGGGAUGAGAAGUGUCAAAAGAGAAGAAAUGAAUCCUACAAAUGAUGAUCCAGUGUUUGGGACCAUUUUUGACUGGAACUAUCUCUUAUGGGAAAUUCGUUUGACAUUUUUAGCUGCUGGUUUUUUAAUCUACUUGGGAGUAUUUCUUCUGUCUCAUUGUUUAUCUUCUUGGAGAAGUACCACUUACCGUGCCUUGUAUGCAAAGGAGAAGGUGUUUUGGAAUAUGGCAGUCACACGUGGUGUGUUUGGACUUCAGAGUUGUGUUGCUGGAUUAUGGGCUUUGCUCAUAGAUCCCGUUUUUCAUGCUGACAAAGUCUAUUCACAGCAAAAGUGGAGUUGGUUUAACUGUUUAAUAGCAGCAGGAUUUUUCUUGCUUGAAAAUGUAGCAGUUCAUGUAUCCAACGUUAUUUUUAGAACAUUUGAUGUUUUCUUGGUAGUUCACCAUUUGCUUGCUUUUGGUGGCUUGGCUGGUUUAGUAAUUAAUGUGAAAUCUGGACAUUAUCUGCCUUUGAUGGGAAUGUUGCUGGAAAUGAGUACUCCCUCAACAUGCAUUUCCUGGAUGCUUCUGAAGGCUGGCCGUGCUAACACCUUUUUCUGGAAGGCAAACCAGUGGGUGAUGAUCCAUCUGUUUCACUGCCGCAUGAUUCUUACCUACCACAUGUGGUGGGUGUGUCUUUUCAACUGGAAUGCUAUCGUAGAAAAUCUGGGACUUCUUCACUUUAUUGUUUUAUUCUCGGGAUUAUUUGCUGUUACACUAAUACUUAACCCAUACUGGACAUACAAAAAAACUCAGCAACUCCUCAACCCAACUGACUGGAACUUUGAAAAUAAAGCAGUGGAAAAUGGAAAAUUAAAUGGUGAAACACAUCAAAAGAAGAGGAUAUAGCACUGAAACAAUAAUUUUCCCAGCAGGGUAACAGAAGAAUACAAUGCAAACCUUGCACGUGCACUAGAAGAUUUUUUAAGAAGCUCAUUGACACAGUGACUCCUUGCUGGUAGUGCUCUGUAUGCACCACAAGUGUUGAAAAGCAUUGUUUAUGUUUCUUAUGUGUAUACAUGUAACUUCAACCCUCGUUAUGAAUUACACCAACAGCUUGUCACAUUGAACAGUGUUUUGUAAUUUAGUAGUGAUGUGCUCCCUAAUGGAAUGUUUUUUCCCUAAUGCUUCAAAGUAGCUUUACAGUAAGCUGUUAAGCUCAGCUUGAAUCAAGUUUAACUUGAAUCCUAUUUCACAUAUGAUGGAGAUACUGAUACUGAAAAUUAUGUUAAAUUGUUUAUUAAGAACAAUUAUGAUCCAAGUUAGGUAUGCAUGGGUACCUAAUUCCUGUGUGCCAGUGAAUCAUUCCAAGUGGCAGAACUGGUCAGUAUGAAGGUAAAAUGCAGUCAUGGCCCACGUUUGGGUUUUGUUAUUGGUUGGUUUGUGGGUUUGGGGUUUUUUGGGUAUUUGAUUUUUUAUCUUUUUUUAAGUGCACUUAAGGAACAGGAAAAUAAUUUUGUGUUUGCUGUCAAAGUUGCAGUUUUCAGGUUGCUCUCAGUAUGGGAGGAGUUCAUACCCUUCAAAUCCAUGCAUGUGGAGAUCCAUGCAUUUGCCAUAUGACUGGUCCAGUAGGUAAUCAUAGUGGCCCCUUCUGGACUUGAAACCAAUGAAAUACAAGAGGCAACACCAGUAUCGUCCUUGAGAAAAAUGCUGCUUCAUAAGUAAAAUUAUUUUGUUUGUAGGUCCCACAUGAGGGAUCGUGCAAUUAGUUCCUGUAGUGCUUCUGUUACAGCUCCUCUAAUUUUUGGGAACGCACUUAGGUUUUUAAGAUGAUUUCAGAAUCUGAGAUGACUUCUCUAUGGAGGAAAGCGCAUAUCACCUCCUGUAGGAAUUCAGUUGUUUUACUAUUUUUAUUUAACUUUAAAGAG